AUGGUUGGACCCGGACAGCCGACUAAUGUCCUACUCACGGCCGAUCAGCCACCAGCGUGCUAUUAUAUGGCUGCAUGUGCUUAUGCUACAGCCCAGAAUGCGCCAUUUGACAACACAACCACCACUGCUAUUCUCGAGCACCAAAAUGGCCAAAGUGGAUCAUCCUUGACUCCAUUAUUACCUCAACUGCCGGCCUUCAAUGACACUGCCACUGGGACUAUUCUUCCUUCAAAUGCCAAAGUACCUAUUCAAAUCGACGAGAACUUGUUUUUCACAGUGGGAUUAGGAUUUGUCAAUUGCACACCUGGACCUAGAUGUCAAGGACCAAAUAAUACUCGCUUUGCAGAGAGUAUGAACAACGUGUCAUUUUUUCUUCAAAGAAGGACCCCUUUACUGCAAGCCGCUUACCAGAUUAUACCAGGAGUUUUUACCACAGAUUUUCCUCCUGUUCCACCAGUGAAAUUCAACUACAUAUGA